AUGAUCACCGAACAGAAGACGCUUUUAGCCAAGCAGAUUGAAGAAUCAAAGAAGUUAAAGGAAUAUUUUUUCCAUAAUGAUGGUGACACAAAUAAAUUGAACUUGGAGAAUAUACAAGGUGUACCCUUCGGAGAUGAUAUCAGUCCUGAUUACAUGAUAGAUGUGUUGGGAAAAAUAUUAUUACAGCAACCUAAGGCAGUAGGGGAAGAAUUGAAAAAAUUCGAAAAUGCCAUAACAGGCACUGGACCAAUGACAGAAUCAACAUGGAAAGAGGUGAAGCAUACUUUAUUAGAAAAAGGGUCAGAGAAGAGAGAAAAUCAAAAAAGCCAAGUAGGAAAUGGACAAAGGAAAAUAGGAAACGACACAAAGAAAGCAGAAUACGCACUAAAGUCAUUAAAGGAUAAUAUGUCGAACAACCCAUUCGUAAAGCAAAUAAUGUUGAACGAAUUAGAAGAUGUCUCAUUAGCCAGAAAGUUCAAACAUGAAUACGUCUUAGAAGAGUUAAACAAGGAAGUGAUAAUCAAUAGAUUAG